GGUCCGGCUAUGCUUCUGUUUGUUUUCAUCUUUGGCUGUUCUUCUCAUUAAGUUUAUUGUUUGAGGACAAGAUGUCCGCCGCUGAAGCAAACGCAUUCAUCCAGGAGGUCUGGGGCUUGCAGGGUGCUGCCUAUCUCGUAGUCGGAUUACGAUAUUACAGCCGAGCCUCUACCUUAGGAUGGAGGAAGUUUGCUUGGGAUGACGCUCUGAUGUUUCUAGCAAUUCUGGUUUAUACUGCAGAAUCGGUCGCGGCAUAUUUCGUCGUAGCGUAUUGGAAAGGGUUCGCCAACAAUGGCAUGACAGACGAUCAACGAGCUGCUCUAGAUCCGGCGUCACCAGAGUGGUUAUUGCGCGUCAAUGGCUCCAAGACGCAUGUCAUUGGUCUUCUGCUGUACACGACUCUGCUAUGGCUGUUGAAGGCAUGUUGGGUAGUUUACUACUCUCGUCUCACUGAUGGUGUUCACAAGAUGAAGCGAGUCAUCUUCUGGGCGAUGAUUAUCAUGCCCAUCACCUACGUCGCCUGUCUUCUAGUCGCAUUCAUGAAGUGCAUUCCAUUCCAGAACCAAUGGCAGAUCAACCCAUCACCGGGAAACUCUUGUAUGCCUGCCGUUUCCGUGUUACAGACUACCUUUGUCAUGGCCAUGAACACGGUAACGGACUUUUAUUUGAUGGCUAUCCCGCUGCCGAUGGUGUGGAAGUCCCAUCUUCCCUGGAGGAAGAAGGUCACCCUCAUGAUCAUGUUCAGCGGUGGCUUCCUCGAGAUGACCUUUGGUAUCCUCCGUUGCGUCUCUAUCCUCACAGUCGGCGACACCGACCCCGCUCAAUCAGGCUACUGGUCUGUACGAGAGUCCUUCGUAUCAGUAGUGCUCACCAACAUGCCCAUGGUCUACCCUCUUUUCAAAAGCGUCAUCGACAAGAGCCGCAAUGCGAGUACAAACAAGAGCGGCGCCAUGGGGGACAGUCAGGGCUAUCGCCUGGGCAGCUACCCAGGGAAGCAGGGACCCCGAAGUCACCCGCUCUCCAUUCCAAACGAGACCACCUGGGGAUCGGACGAACACAUAGUCUCUAGUAGUGUAGAGAAGAAUAUCGCCGGCGGAGAGGAAGCCUCGAUUGGCUCUACCGAUAAGCCCCAGAGUCCUUACUUGCCACAAGGUUCGAACAUUGCUGAAGUCGCAGCAGAACCCGUUAAUAGCAACCGGCAAUCGAUGAGGGCAAGGCGGCACCAACCUGAUGUUGACCCAAACAAGAUUGUCGUCACGACGGAAUACACUAUUUCGAGGGCAACACCUGAGCCGAAUGGGCCUCGAAUGGGGAGAUACUGAUGUGUUGAGGAGGGGGGCUAAGGCAAUUUUCUCACUACCGAGUGGUUCCAAUUAGAGCUAUGACAUGUAAUAAAAAGAGCCCCAGGGAUAUGAUCCGUAUGUCUGCACUGCUGGGAAUUAUGGGUGGUACGGAUGAAAAACAAGUAGCAAUAAUCCGAUGUAUACUGCUAAUCAAUCCUAUUAGCAUGAUGUUUGUUACCUAUUUGCUUCCUUGCUCAACAAUAUGCUAGAAACGAUACGAUUACCAUUCUUAUCUCACGACUGUCAACAGUCGAGGAGUCGGUGAAGGAUGGAUUAUACCAAUCUCGGCAAC